AUGGAGAAAAAGUCCAAGCGGGCUGAGCAGAAGCCUGCUGCCAGUAAACCCACCCUGAAGAAAGUCAGUGUGAAGUCUGUGAUAACGGGAGGGGCUGGCCACUUUGGAUUCACCCUCGGCCGUGCAUUAGCCAAGGCGGGGACGAAUGUCAUUAUCUAUGAUAUCAAAAAGCCCCUAUGGCCAAUCCCUCAAGGUGUCGUGCUUGUGAAGGCGGAUAUCAGACAUUACAAUAAAUUCUACAAGGCUUGUGAAGGGGCUGACUGUGUCAUCCACGCAGCUGCCUAUGGAAUAACAGGGACUGAGCAAUUACACAGGAGACAAAUUCAGUCCGUCAACAUCAGAGGCACUGGAAUAGUCAUUGAAGUCUGCAAGCGACGCAACGUCCCCCGGCUGAUCUACACCAGCACGGUCAAUGUGGUGUUUUCAGGGCAAACGAUCUUAGAUGGGGAUGAGGACAGCGUGCCGUAUUUUCCUCUGGACGAGCACGUUAAUGAAUAUUCCAGGACCAAAUCAAUUGCUGAGCAAAUGGUCUUAGCAGCAAAUGGAUCGCUCCUGGCAGGUGGAGGCAAGCUGUAUACCUGUGCCCUGCGUUCCCCUGGCAUCUACGGGCCGGAAGAGCAAAGACACAUGCCCCGACUGGCACUGAGUAUUGAAAGGGGUUUGUUUAGCUUCCGAAUCGGGAGUUCUGAAGCCCUGAUGAACUGGGUCCACGUCAAGAACCUCGUGCAGGCCCAUGUUCUUGCUGCAGAUGCUCUGACUCCUGAGAAGCGCUAUAUAGCGGCUGGCCAGGCGUAUUUUAUCAAUGAUGGUGAGAAAGUUAACCUCUAUGAAUGGUUAUCUCCGCUGUUUGAGAAAUUAGGGGCUCGGAAGCCAUGGAUACGCGUUCCUGUUUUCUUAGUUCACCUGUCAGUGAUAUUGAUGGAUUAUGUGCAUAUGGUACUAAGCCCCUUUGUAGAACUCACCCCUCUCAUGACCCUUUACGAGGUGCACCAUAUUUCUUGCACACACACAUUCAAAAUCGAUAAAGCUCGCAAGCAACUGGGCUACACCCCCAAGAAGUAUACCUUUGCCGAUUGCGUGGAACACUUCAUGGAGACCAGGCCCCACACAAGGAAUUUCUUUGUCCUCAAACUGUGCCUUUGCAUGCUUCUCUUUGUCAGCCUGCUUGUUCUGAGUGUUAAAUACCAAGAGAUUGUGAACUUCUUGAGAGAACGCUGGGCACAAUGCCGGGAGCUUGUGGAAUAAACUGAGCGUUGUCAGUCCAAUGGGGAAAAGAGCACUGUUCCUGGAUUGUGUGAUCUGGUUCAUACGUAGAAGAGAAUAAGCUUUGGACGCAGUUCUUUUGUAUAACAGGGCAACCUGGUUAUUCUCACUGGGUUCCAGAUAAACACGUAUUAAGCAAAACGCUACUCAAGAAGCAAGCUAUAAGCAAAACGCAUUCACAAAGCAAGUUGAUAAAGUUGUUUUCUACAAAACUGUGGUUUAUCCAGAGAUGCAAAUCUGCAACCUUUGACUGUUGACUUGAGUUUAUAAGAGAACGUACACUUUUGUAUUGUAUUUAAAUGCUUAGUGCCUUCAUUGUAUGUGAAACCUUUUGACGCAUCUUUCUAGCAUGUUUGUAGGUAUCAUGUUUGAUCUUUGACCUCGGGUCUAUAUCUUACACAGUAACCUGAACUGUUUUGGCAUUGUA